ACUGCAACUAUCUACACCUAGGAAAGGGACAGAGCUCAAAGCAUCAUCAUGCCUCUCCGAACAAAAGUCAACGACCUCCGGAAGAAACGUCUCGGCCUAGACUUCGGCGCCGACGAGCCACAGGAUAUGGCGGCCGGAGAAGGGGAUGGCAUUCCGCUGCCGGCUUCCGGGAGCACCGGGCCCAAAGACGAUCGCUUCUACUAUUUCUGGGACCGCUUUUGUGCGCGUCCGAAGUAUCCCAAGGUAUCUGUCACACCUAGUUUGGAUGUUGAUAUUGAGGGCGAGCCGUCGCAUCAGCCUGAUAGCAACAAGGAGGGAAUAGUAACAAGUAGCCAAAAGGCCUCUUUGUCCUAUGACGAGGCAGCGAGAGCAUGCAAGUCGAAAGUGCGUGCCAUUGCCGAAGAAUGCAAACGAUUGAACGUCAAGUACUAUGACCGUACCUGGGAUCUAGGGUCUGUCGAUACCUUACAGAGUCUUGAGGCUACUGAGGUCCCAUAUUCAUUGCAAGGUCUCGCAGGCGUGCAGAGUGUCAAACGUGUCGAGGAUAUAUUCGAGAAUCCACAAUUCUACGAAGAUGGUGCGACCGCGAACGAUGUAUGUCAAGGCACGGUUGGCGAUUGCUGGUUCCUCGCAGCAAUAACUGCUCUCUCUGGGAAACCGGAGCUACUGGAGCGCAUCUGUGUCGAUCGCGAUGAGAAGGUCGGUGUUUACGGCUUCGUCUUCUAUAGAGAUGGCGAAUGGAUCUCUGAAGUUGUCGACGAUAGAUUGGCUCUCCGACAGAAUGACGAUAAAUGGUCAUAUACAUCUGAGUAUAUGAUCACUACUGACGGCAGAAAGGCGUACAAGGAUAUAUAUCCACUGCAAGCAGGAGAAUAUAGCAUCUCACGCCUUCCGAAAGACUUCCGUGAGAACCUUCGAAAGGGUUCCAAUGCGCUGUAUUUCUCCAGCUGCCGCUCCAAGAAUGAGACGUGGCUUCCACUGCUUGAAAAGGCCUAUGCAAAGGCCCAUGGUGACUAUCAGGCUAUCGAAGGCGGAUUUCCCGGAGAAGGUCGUAUCGAAGACCUUACGGGUGGCGUCGCCACAUAUCUUUACUCUGAGCACGUCCUAGACAAAGAUAAGCUAUGGUCUGAACUUACCCAAGUCAACAAGGAUUUCCUCUUCGGCUGUGGCUCCCGCUACGGUCGAGACUCGGACCCACGAGAUGACGAGGGUUUCGUGCGAGGGCAUGCGUACAGUGUGCUUGAAGCACGUGAGGUCAACGAGCUGCGACUGCUCAAGAUACGCAAUCCAUGGGGAGAGACAGAGUGGAAUGGCGCUUGGAGCGACGGAUCUAAGGAAUGGACGCCAGAGAUGAUGAAGGAGCUUGGUCACACUUUCGGCGAUGACGGUAUCUUCUGGAUCUCAUACAAGGACUUUCUCAAGUAUUACCCAGAGAUUGACCGUACACGCUUAUUCGACGACUCUUGGACUGUGACUCAGCAGUGGACUUCCGUUGAAGUUCCAUGGACGGCCGACUACCUGAGCACCAAGUACUCGCUAACACUAAAGGAAAAGAGCCCUGUGGUUCUAGUCCUCAGUCAACCUGACGAACGCUAUUUCAAUGGCCUUGACGGCCGCUACAGAUACGAUCUCCAUUUCCGACUGUACAAAAACGGCGAGAAGACAUACAUAGCUCGCAGUAUUCAAGACUCGGGUUCUGGCAGAUCUUGUAGUGCAGAGCUCGACCUUGACGCGGGGGAAUAUACCAUCUACGUAAAA